AUGGCGGGAUCGCUUCUCCCACCCCUGCCGGUCCUACUGCUGUCCUUAGCCCUGGGAACUGCUGGACAAGAAGCCCAGGGUGACAAGAGCGGGGACAAGAUUAUUGGCGGCGUCCCAUGUCCGAGAGGCUCUCACCCAUGGCAGGUGGCCCUGCUCAGCGGCAGUCAGCUCCACUGCGGAGGCGUGCUGCUCAACGAGCGCUGGGUGCUCACCGCCGCCCACUGCCAGAUGAGCGAGUACAACGUACACAUGGGCAGUGAUGAGCUAGGCGAUCGGAGAGCCCAGAAUAUCAAAGCCUCAAGGUCAUUCCGCCACCCUGGCUACUCCACACAGACUCAUGUGAAUGACCUCAUGCUUGUGAGGCUAAAUAGCCGGGCCAGGCUGUCAUCAAGUGUGAAGAAAGUCAAGCUGCCCUCUCGCUGUGAACCCCCUGGGACCACAUGUACUGUCUCUGGCUGGGGCACCACCACCAGCCCUGAUGUGACCUUUCCAUCAGAGCUCAUGUGCACAGAUGUCAAGCUCAUCUCUUCCAAAGACUGCAAGAAGGUUUACAAGGACCUGCUGGGAAAUUCCAUGCUAUGCGCUGGCAUCCCCAACUCCAAGACCAACGCCUGCAAUGGGGACUCAGGGGGACCGUUGGUGUGCAAAGGUACCCUGCAAGGUUUGGUGUCCUGGGGAACUUUCCCCUGUGGCCAACCUAAUGACCCAGGUGUCUACACUCAAGUCUGCAAGUACGUGAACUGGAUAAACGAGACCAUGAGAAAGCAUCGCUAGUCCAUACACCACCAAGAGUUAAACAAUGCUGCACUUCAAACAGAAAAUUCACAGAAAUAAGGACAUUGACCAGCAUAAAAUCAUAGUUGACUUGAGCUUUCCUCAAAGACAUAUUGAAAUCUCAGUUGGAUGCCCUGGUUGUAAACCAAUCAAAUUAGCAAGGACCUAAAAUCCAAACGAGUAAAGAAACACAAAAACCUCAGUGGUGGUGAAGUUUCGGUGGGACUAGCACUCUCGAACGCUGGAACUGUAGAUUCCUACAGUCUCUGUGGAGGGCAGUUCUGCAACACGGCAACAUGAACCGAGACCCUUAUUCAUGGCCUUCGACCUGGUAAUUCUUUUAGGAAGAUACUACUACUAAAAAAAAAAAAAAAAACUAAAAUGUGGAGCAAAGUUUGAGUUCAUCACAUUAUUUAUCAUAACAAAAAAGUGGAAACACUGACCAUGUUCCAGAAAAGUGAAUUGUUUAAAUAAUAGGCCAAUUUGGUUCAAGGAUAUUAUGAAGCUAUUAGAAAUAAUUCUCAGGAAGAGUUGUUAGUGCUAUGCAAAAAU